AUGGCUCCUGUUCAGCAAAAGGACGCCAAACUGAGCGCCGGACAGAAAUCACAACUGUCCACUGGCAAACGCCCUGACAUCAUCGGGGAUGCGAAUGUUGCCGUUCCGACUCUGACUCCGGAACACAAAGCCCAGGGUCAAUCCGAUUUGUACAAAUCGAAGUGGGCGUCCCCAGUAGACGAGUACCAGUCCACCUGGGAAAGCAUGCUGGCGGCCAAAGGGGGGCUGUCUGCCAGUCAAAUCACACAGGCAGCAGUACCUGCAGCCACGUCGGGGUCCAAAAGACAAACACCAACCCCGACAGACAAGGCCACUGCAGGGAAGCAGGAGUCGAAAGGCAAGCAACGGGCUACCGCCCAGCAGCCUACGACUUCCCCCCAGAAAACCGACCGGGCGGACGACGGCCACAGCAAACCUUCUCAGAAGGGUUCGUUGGGCAAGACUCUCAGCGCCAAUCCACCGAAACCCGCCAGCAACGCCAACAGCAACAUGGCAGUAGGUGAAGGCCCUUCGGACAGCCGUCGUCCGCCGCCUGUUAUGAGCCAACGGGCCAAACAAACCGCCACUCCUCCGGCUGUCGAUACUGACAACGAGGCCAGCACCGAGGCCACCAAGAAGAGACGCCGUCGAGGACGUGGCCGAGGGGGCAAGAAAGACAACAACACCGAGGCUUCCGUAUCAGCCAGUGCCCCCUCGACAACCAGCCAAAGUACCUUCCAGCCAAGUCCAGCAAAGGGAAACGGCGCCAAAGAGUCUGCUGCUGGUGGUGCCGACAAGAAACAAACCAGCAAGCCAUCGACAACCACAGCCAGUGCACCACCAAAGACGCCAGCAGCACCAUCAUCAGCAACAUCUGCUGGCGCAGCUAGAAAAGCAGCAGACUCAAAACUUGCACAGCCAGCGUUGACUCUACCCCCUGCUCAGCCAAAACAACAACUGCAGCAGCCACAGCCAAAGCAACAGCAACCGCAACCACAGAAGCUGCAUCAGCAGGGGGGAGUCAGAGGGAACGGACAACAAGCACCUCAACACCCAGGUGCUGCGAAGGGCAGCUUGGCCACACCAGCACAACCACAACUAUCCGCAGCCACCGCCGCUGCGAGUAAGCCCAAGCCAGCCGCCGCCGCCAAUGUUCCCAGAGUCAACGAGACCACUGGCAAUGACCGUAAGGUCGCCGGGACGCCAGCUACCACUCAGCGUCCCGCCGUGCAAGCUCCUCGCUUCGGUCCUCCAGCAUCCGCUGCAGGCGCCGCGGCCAGCAGGGUCGCGGAAAGAAGCAUGGCUGUGCAGAGACCCGCAACCGGGCCAGUCGGUUUUGCGGUGACUGCACAGAACUCACCCGUUCAGCUCGGCUGGUCACCGAACAUGAUGGGUGACUCCCGUGCCCGGAGGUCCGGGGUCAUGCCCCGUCUCGCACCUGGUUGGGAAGGGUAUCAGGACAGAAUCAACGUGUCUGGGGCGAUCCAAGACAUUUACCUGUAUGCUGGAGACAGGUUGGACGUUGAGAAGUUCAAUGCCUACGUUGCAAGCCCCUGCCAUUCGGUAGAAGCAAAGGCCAACUGUCUUAAGGACAUUGUCGUUACCAUGGACCGAGUGGUGUCGGAGAAGCACGCCUCGGCCAUGUCCAUCAAAGCGGAACGUGACGCCUUCCGCGACGACUACGACCGGGCUAAAGCGCAAGCCGACGAGUACGCUGAGAGGCUCGCGGCUGAGCAGCUGCAACGCGAGCAGCUGGAACAGCAGAUCCUCGACCUGAGCCAUUCCGUGGCCGGUCUCCGCAAGGAGGUCGUUACAAAGGAGAGUCAUCUUGACUCUGCCGAGGUGGAGAUUCUCCGCCUCAAAGACGAUCUGGCUGCGAAGCAUAACAUGCUCGAGAAAGCCGUCUCGAAACACGCAGCUCAGGCUGCUGAGACGGCAUCCCACCAGGAACAGGCGGCUUCUCUCCACGGCGAGGUGGAGAAGCUGUCUGGCGAGCUCAGUGGCCUCCGGGCCAAAUACACCCUUGCCGACUCGGAACGCAAGGCGUUGGCGGAGGAGAUUGCCAAAAGCCCGUUGCAGAGCGAGAACGAGCAACUCCGGUCCCAACUUUCCGAAGUUCGGGAGCGGCUCGACUCUGCGAACCAGGUACGCGAUGACCUGGAGGCUGAGCGUGCAGCUCACAUCUGCUGCCAGCCUGUGGAGAGUGGCACUCCAACCUCUGUCACGUUGAGCAUGGAGUUGGAAGGGUGGGGGGUUGGACAGGACUCCCGCUCUCUGACGGACGAAGAGGAUGGCGGACACCCAAGAUACCGUCAGUCGUCCCUGCCAGCAUCAAGUGCUUCUCUGUACGGUGGUGGCAACGCCGUCUCUACGUCUACCCAGACCGACGAGGUGGAAGUCAUUGAGACUUUCACACAGACUGAGGAGGAGCCGGUCGUCUCACUCUUCGAGGCGUCUACCCAGACUGUCUCCACGGAGGUUGUUUCAGCCUCCACCCAGACAGCCCCUGUGGAAGGCGUCAAGAUGAGCGAGUCUUCCGCCCAAACGGCCUUGACCGGCGAUGUUCUAUCCCCGGCCGAGGUGGAAGCGAGAGUUGCAGGCGUCCGUCAGGAGGCGCGACAAACAACGGAUGCUCUGGUGCAGACAGACAUGGUGGCCGAAGUCCCUCGACGCAGAGACGUGUGGCUGUGGAUCUUCCUCGCCCUGCUCUUGUUUACCUGGGCGGCACUCAUACUGUGGAGCAGACUCAGCGGUAUACACGCUUGGGAGGUUGCCAACGACAUGUCUCGUGCCUCUGUCGCUGGUAUUCGUUCCCAGCGUGCAUUCCCCUGGUCUCUCAUGUCUGAGAAGAGUUACUUCUCGGUCGUUCGGCACUCAAAUAGAGUCUUCCCAGGCUAA